UGGCCUUUCAAUACCAAAACCUUUUUUGGCCGGUAAAAUGAUGGGUCAAAUAGAAAAAGAAGACAACGAUAAUAAUAAUAAUAACAAUAAUAAUUAUGAUGAAGAAGCUUUUAUGCAAUACAUGACAAGUCUUCGUCCAUUUGAACCUCCAGGAUUGAAUACUAGAAAUAUGUGUGAAGAAAAGAGUUCAACAACGACACUGACAGUUGAAGUGGAUCCAUCUUAUUUCUUGAAUCAUAAUAAUAAUCAUGAUGAAAUAGCCGAUUAUUUAACAGCUAUGCAAGAAAAACUAGAUCUACUUUAUGAUGAAAGGAUAAGAAGAAAGCCACAGUUGUCGACGAAAAAGAAACUACGACGUUUACGAAAACGUAAAUGUUUUUUCGAAAAGAAUUAAAAAUAUCUGUAUACAUAUUCAUAUAAUAAUAAUAAUACCAUAUAAUACGUUUCUUUUCUUUUUUGUAAUAUAUUAGAUAAACAAUAUAUAUUUAUAUAUAUAUAUAGCAAAAUAAAAUGUAUUCCUUUUUAUAAUAAGACAGUCUAUCAUUAUGUAUUAUCUUACUACUACAUUCGAUAAUUAUGCUGCCACCGCUUUAUCAUAAUAAUUUUGUAUAUUUUAUCUUUAAUAGUCACCAUUUUUUUUUUCCUUCUAUAGUUCUCAGUUUGAAAAUAAAUCAUACGAUUUUUUUUU